AUGGCAGAUGGCAGAAUUAAAGACUCGCAAAUCACAGUUUCUGGUUUUCUUAAAACAGCAGAUGGUAGACAGGCUCGUUUACGCCAAAAUAUUCCAAACUGGGGAGCAUGGUGUGUAGUUGUGAGUGAAGGGAGAAUACGUGAAAAGAAUUACGACCAGUAUAUUGAGAUUGAUUUAUUAAAUCUGACAAAAAUCACAGGAAUUGCCACACAAGGACGAGAAUUUAAUGGAGGUUCAGAAUGGGUUAAGGACUAUAAAAUUCAAUAUAGAAAAGAUGGUGGAAUAUGGUAUUUUUACCAAGGAAAAGAUCAAGCUGUGAAGGUAAAUUUGAUAAAGAUGUUUCAUGGAUAGAAAUUUUUGGAUUAAAUGUACAUAUAUACAUCCUUGUGAACUUUAUAAUUAUAUUGUGCAAUACUCUGAACCUAAUUAAAAAUUAAGGUGGUAAGAGGUUGCUCAUUUUAGUUUGUGAAUAAACACAGCAAGCAUAUGGAUCAUCCAUCUGGACAAACAUUCACAAUUAGUAAACAUAGUUCAUCUCGUAAUUUGUUUGGGUAGCUUGUUUAGUAUUUACUGUACACUAGCACCGAUGAUGCAUGUUGAUUUGAGUGUUGAGGAUAUCUACUUUGUUUCAGAUAUUUCGUGGAAACACCAAUGUAUACAAUGCUGUACGACAUGAUCUAAACCCUACAAUUAUGGCAAGGUAUAUUAGGGUUCAUCCAGGUUAUGAUGUGGGUAUCAAUGCAUGUGUGAGGCUUGAGUUAUAUGGUUGUGUCACGGGUGAAAUUAAUGAAAAAG